AUGCCUCCCAAACGUGCAGCAUCCGGCUCCGGCGCUUCUACUACCAGUUCCUCUAGCAAGAAAGCCAAGACCUCCUCGCAGACAUCGACUCAGACCGAUGAGCCACCGAGAAGCCUGCGAUGGUCGGCCGUGUCCGGCUCAGCCAACGCCGAUGCUGACUAUAAGACUACCUGGAAGAACCCGCAAAAGUUCUAUUCGUAUGUGACCAUCUGCCCGCCAGUCGCGGACGAGGACGAUGAGGAUGGGGAACUCGAUGAUGAGGUUAAGGAUGAGGACGACGAGGAUAGCGAGGGUUCCAAGUGUGGCAAGAAAGGCUGCAUCUGUUUUAAGCCCAUCUCAGAGAACCCCGAACACCCCUGGAUCAUCAGCCAAGCCGGCUACCGAAAGUACAUCACGCAACACAUUCAUUUCUCUCUACGCGACCCCGACAACUUUAACAUGUACACGUUCAACGACCAUGCCGGCUACGGCUGCCUCGAGGUCGUGCAGAACCUGUUUCUCGACUACGUCGAAUCUGCGGAGCGGGGAUGGAUGGAGCAAUGGGCCGUCUGCGAAGGCUUUGCGCUGUGGUUGAUGAACCCGAACUCCGCCUGCCUCUACAUGAUUGACGAUGGCGAAUGUGUGAAGGACACCAUCCACCUCGUCGGCUACAUGUUCCUGGACAUGCUAGCGCAGCUCGACAGCCAGGAUCUGGUCGGCGACGCCACCGAGGUGAGAAGUCUGGGCACGGUCAUGGCCAUGUACCUCCAGAUAGCCCACAACUCGCGCGACGCCUCCGCUCUCCCCCCCUUGAACCGCAAGGGCAAGAGCCAGAAGAAGUUCCAGCCCGACUACUUCGACGAUGCCAUCCUCGCCUACGCCAACCAGCGCGGCGUCACAUUACAGGGGCCCGACAACAUCGACGCGCUGACCGCGAAGCUCGACGGGGACGUGAAGUUGCCCAAGAAAGGCGCCAAAACCCCCUGGGGCUGGAAGGCCGCGCUGAAGAGAUACGAGAAGCAGUACGACGGCCUGACCGGCAUGAUGGGGCAGAAGCAAACGGACGGUAUCGGCGGCGAUGCCCUGGACGUCACCACGUGGACGAGUGCCAGGCGCAAGGAGGCUAAUUUUAAGGGCAAGGACCCGCUGGGCAAGCGCGAGCUGGACGCGAUCAAGAAGGGGAUGGUGAUACAAGUUAGAUAA